AUGAUGGAUUUAGAACGUCAUAAAAGAAUAUCUAGCUCAAGCAAUUUUGAAAACAUUUCAAUUGCAACAAGACGUCAUACUAGAACUAGCCAUAAACUUGAUAAUUUUUUAUACGAUUUUGUUGAAAAUGAGAAAGUACUAGAAUGCAUUCCUUGCAGUUCAUGUGAAGCUGCCCUGUUCAUUGAAACAUUGAGGAAAGGUGUAACAAAACUGCAGGUGCUAAAAUGCAAAGAUAAAUUGAAAAUUACUGAAGCGCCAAAUUUUAUGGAAAGCUAUUUUGCAAAAGAUCUGCCACGAAAACGAAUCUUUGACAGGGAAUCUUUGGAAACGACAAGUAUAGCUCAGAAAAGUUAUGGACAACGUCAAGUGCAACAAGAACGAUCUUUGAUAACAGAAAUAUUACUUCAUUGCAUUAAUGAUCUUACAAAAAAUUGCACUUACAUUUCUCUGAUAGAAAACAUUUGGCACUUAAAUCUUCGCGAAAAAGAAUAUAAUUCUAUAAUUACAAAUGCGAGUAACAGAAACAAAGAAUUAGAUGAUUUACAAAUGGAAAUUAUGCACCUGAAAUCCAUGAACCAUAUUGAAAAAAAUAGACUUUAUAAAACCAAAAAGCAAUUGCAGAACAAUAUUCAUGACAAUAUUAUAAAACAUGACACUGAAUUGCGGUUCACUGAAAAGUAUGAAAGUUCCCGCCGGGAGCAAUUAAAAUUAUUUGUUAUUCAAGCAGAAAAUUCUUGUAAAAAGUCAACUAAGAAAAGUAGGCAUGAAGGAUUUGUAGAUAUAAGGGUCCAUGACGAGAUCGUGAAAUACUUGUCUAAUCAAAUUACCAAGUUCUCCAAAGAAAUAGUCGCCUGGAGUGAAAAAUACGAUACGGAAAUCGAAGUUCUGGAUACUGAACUGCUUCGGAAGAAGGAAUGGAACGAUCAAUUGAAAAAAAAUAUAGAUGAGCUGAGAAAAAAGUACGAUGCCAAUAAUGAGGAAAUCGAAGAGUAUCUGCAAGUAAAAGGUGCUAGAGAUUUGUUAGCUAAAAAGAAUAAUAUGUCCAUUUGCCUGCAAAAAUGGUGGCGGGGAGAGAUUUUCCGUAAAAAGCUCAUAACUAAGAAAAAAAAGGGCGGGGGCAGAAAGAAAUGA